AUCACAAGGACACGCAACUUUCCCGCGGCUUGGCGAGCGCUAAAUCCAGCCUGCGGUGAUUGUAGCCUUAGGCACUUGUCGCGCAUUCAAUCACUGCCUUAACAAAUUACUCUAUGGUGAUUAUGCAGAAAGCUCUUCCUGUAUGAGUACCACCGAUAUCAUUCGAGCUUACCGCCAGCUAUACCGCACUGGACUGCGAGCUGUUCGCUAUGCUCGCCCAGCACGUUUCGAACUCCGUGAUGUUCUAAGAGAGAGUUUCCGUACGCAGCCAUCUGCAGCCUUUAAUGCCCGGCGCAUCGGCAACACGCUCAAUUUCCUCGAGACUGCAGGCACACAUAACGGGACAGAGCACAAGAUAUUGAAGAAUCUGCUACACCUGCAAUUCUGGAGAUGGUACGGGACGAACAAGGCACUACUCAGAAAUCAAAACAGCGACUAUGCUGUAGAAACGCGACUUAACACGUGGCGGCAAUAUCAGGCCACAUUGACGAUGUUGAACGAGAGUCUGGAUAUGUGUUUGCAAAUAGGCGCAGAGAAGUUCGAUUGAUGGACGAAUCUUUCCACGACACAUUUAUGUCAACAAGCAGCAAGAGAUCGCCCAAUAUGCAUCGGCAGCAAGUCUUGUUGAACCACGCCCCAGAAUUGGUCCCAUCAAACACGCACGACUAGCACUCGAAUGUUCUUCAUAUGGACAUCGAGACGAAGUCUCGCGAGUAUCUACCUGUAACCCAAGCCUCAGAUCGUUCGAAAGGCAC